ACGUGAUUUCACGACACGGAUUCGGUACCGUGCAGCAAAAAAAAAGCGGACCACCUUUUGCAAUCGAAAACCAAAUGCCGAAUGGUGCAGACGCCUCGCUUCGCUCUCUGUGCCGUCCGCGCGUGUAGUGUGAUGAGUGUGAAGCCGUAGCUAGCUUAUCUCUCCGCACGUUUCCUGCAAACUGUCCAACAGCCUGCCGCACCGGAGCACCGCAAGUUGGCGGAUUUCCUAUCGCUGGGGAUCCAGCGUUUUUUCACGGGCCGUGUGUUUGUGAUUGCGUGAAAACGUGGAAUUGCGAGUUCGUGGUGAAGUGUGCGUUUAGUGCGUUAUCACACCGGCUCGUGAAACUUCUUCCCUCAACUUCAGAUCAGUGUGCGUGCGUGUGCUUGCGUGUGUGUUUCUGUGUUGGCCAAAUCAUCCAGCAUGAAGAGUCCUUGCCGUGCUGCGGCAGGAUGGUUGGUGCUACUUCUAUCGUCAUGCUGCCUCGGUUAUGUCAUAGCCACCGAAUGGGCGGCGGCAGUGACCACGGACAAUGGCAUUUUGUUUUUCGAUUCCAACUGGCGCAAGAUUUCGUCGGCCGCGCAUCAGUACAGCCGCAUCUCGGCGUUCGCGUACGACGAGGUGCUCGGCAAGCUGUACUUUGCCGAUCUGGACCAUCCCGAGUAUCGGCUGUUCGCGCUCGACUACGACGAUACGGACGAGCUGCACAAGGUGACGAAGCUGUGGCCGAAAUCGGCCGAAACCGCCUACAUCAGCGGUAUGGCGUUCGAUCAUCUCGAGCGCCGGCUGUACUGGACGGAGAAAGGCACCCGGUCGGUGUACUACGUGGCGAUUGAUGAUCUGCUGAGCUCGACGCGAUCCGCCGCUACUGCGGCGAACGGAACGGCUGCUGCUGCUGCUGUUGAAGCAACCACCAGUGCACCACCGCCAUCAACCUCCUCGCCCGUGCAGCUGGUCGCCACGGUGCAGCCCGAUCACGAGCUGGCCGGCCUGGCGAUCGACGAAUGCCGCCGGCAUCUGUACUGGACCAACUGCUACCCGAAAACGUCCAACAUUGUGCGCGCCGCCAUGAACGGUACCGUGCUGAACGUGCACGAGGAGCAGGUGUACCUGCCGAAGGGCAUCACGGUGGACCACUACCGCAACCGGCUGUACUGGGUGGAGAAGAAGUACGGCCGCCGGUACACGAUCGAGAGCGCCGAUCUGGAGGUGAACGAUCAGCGCACCCUGCAGACCGGGCUCGACCGGCUGCCGGCGGACAUUGCGGUCAAGAACGAUUACAUCUACUGGACCGACCAGGAGAACAAUGAGAUCUACGAAAUGUCCAAGGAGCCGAACGCACCGUCCCGCACCGUGUACCGGGGCGAACAUCCGUCCGCGGUGAUACUGCGCGCGAACCUGCUGCUCGAGCAUCAGCGCAACAAUCCCGACUGCCGGUCGGUAGUGGACCGCAUCCUGGAGAACAUGCAAAACAGCAAACCGGCGAGCGUGCUGCAGCAGGAAACGCAACAGCAGGGUCAGCUGACGGUGUGUCUGAACAACGGUACGGUUAAUCAUCACACCAACACGUGCCUCUGCCAGCCGGCCUUCGGUGGUAAGCUGUGCGAGAUAGAUCUGUGCAAUAACUACUGCGCCCAGGGCAGCUGCCGUAUCGGGCGCGAUAAUCGCCCCCGGUGUGACUGCGACCGGCGGUACGAAGGGGACCGGUGCGAUCGGAACCGUUGCGAUGGGUUCUGCCUGAAUGGGGGCCGGUGUCAGUUUAGCAACGGUACUGCUGGGCGGACGGAGGUGGAAAGCGAUCGGACGUGCCUGUGCGAAAGCACCGGCUACAGUGGGGCACGGUGUGAGAAUCCAAUCUGCGGGACGGAUUACUGCUACAACGGGGAGUGCUACGUGGAGGACGGCAAGCGGCCAAAGUGCCGCUGCAAGGCAGGCUACCGGGGCGAACGGUGCGAGGAGUACAGCUGCAACAACUACUGCCUGAACGGGGGUCACUGUACGCUCGGCAACGAGACGACGGUGCCGGAGUGCGAGUGUGGCGAGGAGUUUGCCGGCCAGCGGUGCGAAAUUGCGGUCCGGCUGUGCAGCACCUACAACGAGGAUCCGCAGUGGCAGCAGUACUGUUUGGGCAUCUCGAAAACCUUACCACUGAUGGAACCGAAGGUAACCUACUGCAAGGAAUCGUUCAACCGCACCGUCGUCUACACGUCACUGUGCUUUACCGUCUCGUUCGCGCUGCUGCUCGCGGUCGUGCUCGUCGUCAGCCGGAUGAUGAAACCGCCGCGGCCACGCAUCACCAAGAAGAUGGUCGUCACACCGAUGACCUCCCGGCCACCGACGACACAGUGCGAAAUUACGAUCGAAAACUGCUGCAACAUGAACGUAUGCGAAACGCCCUGCUUUGACACGAAGCUGCUGAAAAAAUCGAAAAAAGAGGACAAACAGUUCCUGCUGGAAGACAUCGAGGACGUUGGCGGCUCCUACCGCAAGCUGCCCAACUGUGGCGACGGAACGGCGGAGCGCAAAUGAGGACCGUUCGCUCCCGGCCGUGGUAGACUAAUGGAUAAUAAUGCCUUCUUCGCCUGGCUGCCAGCAGCAGCAGCUCGAUGGUGGUCGAUCGGUGAAAUGGCCGCCAGAAGGAAGUCUGAUUGAACAGUCGAUAGUGCGCGCACGAUCGGUGUGAAGAGUGAGCCACAGCACGUGGCUUCGUUUACGUCCGGUGGUGUGCACACAGGGGGAUGCAAAGCUGGCUGGCACUGCUUACAGGCUAGUUGCGGUAGUGAUAGCGUUUUAGAUUACCUGCCGGGAGGAGGGUGUUGCACGCUAGGUGUGCUCCUCCGUGAAAAUACACAGCCAUUGUCACCGCCACAGAGAGAGAGUGUGUGUGUCCGUGUCUCCGUGUGUGUUUGUGGGGCAGCUUAAGAGGUACAGUUUAUCAGAUGAUCAUUUGAUGGGCAGCUAGAAUUUAUUCUUCUUCUUCUGUACAAAAGCACUCUCCUUUCGUUUGCUGUAAAGCAGCAUAGUAAAGAACCCCUUGACAAAGGCUUCAUUUUAUAACAAUAUACUGCACAAUAGUACAAAAUUCUCGUUAGAACCUUUCACUCUAAAGCCCAUAGACCAACACACACACACACACACACACACACACGGAUAUACCAUAAAGGACAUGCUAGUUUGUUAUGUUCAAUUUCCAACACAACAAGUUUCAGUACAGUGAAGAAGCUGCAGUUGGCAAAACCACCAACCUCCAAGUUCCUGCAAAUGUGUUUAAAAUGAAUGAAAACACAUUUUAGAAGAAUUAUAUGCCAGGUUCUUCUACCGCGCUUACUCUGUAGUAUAUGUAUCUGAGUGCUUAACUUGCAAACGAUAAGACCGACCAGUGUUUCAGCCUAGCGCUGAACAUUUAAAUCAUAUGCCCUUUCGAACAGGGAUCACUCUCGCUCAGUUUGUACAUUAAUUUAAACCUUUAAACCCGCUGUGAAACACGGUGCACGCCGCCGGUAACUUAACCGAGAUGUUUCGAGCCGCCGUGGUUUGAACAUCUAUGAGGGGGAAAAUGAUGUAGUGUUAGAAAUCACCUCGCGCUUCUUCAUCCAUCAUAUUCAUUCGUUUUGCUUGUUUGUUUAUUAUGCAUAUAAAUAGGUGUUUUUUUUUUGGUUUGGUUUGGUUUGGCCGCCAAUAUCCCGUUAACUUUCACCAUUGCCCACAUUAUGUUGCGUUUAGGGUUUAAUUUAUUUAACUUUAAAAAAAGAAAUCAUACAUAGUUAGCGGGCUUCCAGAUAAAAAGGAACAAAGCUGCCCCCUCCCAAGGGUAGUUAGUUUUCUGUUAUUGUUAUCCUUCCGCAAACCCAAAAUGUCUCGCAAAACGUAGAUACCGCCUUCCUCCCCCCAAAGAGAGCCAUAGAGAGCAGAAUUCUUGUGUGUGUGUGUUUUUUUUAAAUAGCGUGCAACGUUAUUGUCGAAACGUCCAAGACGCGGUGAGAGCCUGAUUGGAAUUGCUGUUAGCACCGACAGUAGUAGUAAAUUGAGGAAAAAAGCGCAGUGCAAACAAAACAAAACACAAACAAACAGACACCCACAAAAGGUCCUAGCGCGAAAGGAAUGAAACAGAUCUAAUAACGGCAGGCGCUGCCUCAAUAUUCUAUUGGAAUUGUUAACUUUUAGGAAGAUAGUAGUGCUUAUAUGAAAUCAUACACAAACACACACUUACACCGUGUUACUUAAAAUAGAAACAUAGGAAAUGUGAUGGAAUCGGGGACAGGAAAAACUGAAAUAGUUAAAAAAAAAAGGGCAGCAAAAACCAACAGAGAGAGAGAAAGGAGAAGGUCUAAUAUCCACAUGAGAAUAUGUGAUAUUAGAUAAGUUUAUAGUUCAAAGUGAACAACUUUAUAGUGUGUAUAUUGCAGGAAGUGGUACAACACGAUGUAAGUAGCAAUAUUUUCAAAAAAGACUUAUUUUAGAUAAAAAAAAAAUACAAUGGAAAAGCAGUA